UUGGAUGGUCAGGAUAACACUUUCUCACUGCACUGGUCAUGAGAGAUGCCCAUCACAAGACAUGUAACAGGAAGAAUGUACAUGUAUCUAUGUUUACAGUUACUGUCCUGGGAAAGUCCUUAGAAAACUAUGUUAGCAAGCUCAGAAGCUGAGUUUUCAGGGCGACAGUGCUUCCCUGAAGUAUUCCUGUAUUUAGAUCUCUGUAUCUGCUUCUCUUCCUGCAAGGAAAAUAUUCCAGCCUUUGAGCAUUGCUUUGGCAGCAAAAGCAGUUUUCUGGUACAGGCAGCAAAAGCAGUUUUCUGGUACAGUAGAAAACGCAGGAAAUUGAACUUUUCAUUCAGAGCUCUCCUAAAAUCCAACCCUGGACAUUAAAAAUACAGUAAUGAAACCUAAAUUACCAUGCUGUGAACUUGGAUUUAAGUUUUCAAACUGAAAUUAAUGUCCCAGCUCAGUGUGAGGGCAAAAAAAAUUAGAUCAGCCAGUAAUAACUUCCUAAAGAAUAUAAAUAGAGCUGAGUGACAGCUCACAAAUCUUGUGACCUGGGAAUGGCCUCUCCAGGCAAAUUCCUGCCAUGCCCUGAGGAAGAUUUGGUUAUUUCCAUGAUGAGGUGACCUCAAAUUUAAAAAAUAAAUAGAUAAAAAUUACUGUUGUGUAAGUCUUUUACCAGAAUUAGAGUGGGGCACCUGGGUUUUAUCACCUCUCCCCAGAGGACCCCAAAUUUCCACAGCUAUGACAAUGAUUUGUAAAUCACUCUGAGUAAAGGGUACUCACUAAGUAAAGGAAAUCAGGAUGAGAGCAAUGGUUUGCACCUAAGUGCCCUCAGAGGGUAUUUGGUUAUUGCCCACUAAAUUUAAUUUAAUGCAUUUUGCUAAACAAAUUCCCCCCCAUUACUUCAAUCCCUCCGAGCUCUAUUUAAAGAGACUUCCCAGGAACAGCUGAGCCUGGAUUCCCUGCUCGCCUUCCUUUUCCCAGAUCCCUUUUCUCCCAAAAUGAAGCUCCCUGGGCUUUGGCUGUGCGUGAGCUUUGGCUGUGCUGCCUCCCGCGGCCCCUCGUGUCUGUCAGCUCAGUUCAGGAGGCCGGGGGAUUUUAUCCUGGGGGGUUUGUUUCCCUUUGGGAAGGACAUGGUGAACCUGACGGCUCGCUCAGAGCCCACCCUGCUGCGCUGUGAGAGGUUAUUCAUGGAUGGGCUGAUCUGGGCUCUCGGGAUGAGGUUCGCCAUCGACCAGAUCAACAAUUCCAGCUCCCUCCUGCCGGGAAUAAGGCUGGGGUACGACAUGUAUGACACCUGCUUUGAGCCCCUGGUGGCCCUGCAGCCCAGCCUGCUGUUCCUGACCCGGAACGGCACCACAGGGAUUGGGAUUCUCUGCAACUACACUGAGUACCAGCCCCGCAUCACUGCCAUCAUUGGGCCCCACAAGUCAGACCUCUGCCUGCUCACAGCCAAGCUCUUCAGCUCCUUCUUGAUCCCACAGGUGAGCUACGGAGCCAGCAGUGAGACCCUGAGCAACACGGAGCUGUACCCGUCCUUCUACCGCACCGUCCCCAGUGAUAAGAACCUGGUGGAAGCCGUGGUGAUGCUGCUCAACCAGUUUGGCUGGAACUGGAUUGCCACAGUGGGCAGCGACGAUGAGUACGGCCGGGGUGCCCAGGCUCUAUUCCUGAGCAUGGCUGGCAAUAACAACAUCUGCAUUGCCUUCGAGGGGUUCAUCCCCACAGACCUGGCUGAGCCCAACGCCAGGAAGCAGCUGGAAGACACCGUUAAAUUAAUUAACAGCACCAAAGUCAACGUGGUCGUGCUCUUUGCCUACAGCCUGCCUGCCCAGGCCCUGCUGGAACACAGCAUCAGGAUGGGGCUGGGCAAGAAGGUCUGGAUUGGCACCGAGGCCUGGAUGCUAUCAGACGUCGCCGCCUACACGCCCAACAUCCAAAGCAUCGGGACAGUGCUGGGCUUUGUCUCGAGAACAGGGACAGUCCCUGGCUUCCAGGAGUACGUGGCUGAGCUCUUCAGCUCUGUUGAGCAAGAGAAAUUCUGCCAGCAGUCCCGGGAGCUGAGCCGCCUCAUGAACACCGAGGUGCUGGACACACACUGCCAGCAGUGUGACCACGUCACCCUUGGGGACAUCUGGCCCCUGCUCAGGGUGACCAUGGUGCAGCCGGUGCACAUGGCUGUGUACAGCGUGGCCCAUGCCCUGCACAGAGCCCUGGGCUGUACCUCUGAAGGCUGUCCCAAAACACCCAUUAGGUCCUGGCAGCUGCUGCACUUCAUGAACACCCUCCCGUUCGAGGUGAAUGGCCAGAGCUUCAGGUUUGAUCAAUCCCAUGGCACAAACACUGGGUAUAAACUCAUCUUCUGGGCCUGGAGGGAUGGCACCCUGACCUACCUGCCCGUGGGGGACUAUGACCAGUCCCUGUACAUCCAGAAGUCCCAGAUCCAGUUCCACACUGCAGAUAAGAAGGAGCCCACAUCUGAGUGCUUCAGACGCUGCCAACCAGGACAAUUCAGAAGAAUAAAAGGAUUCAAUCUCUGCUGCUAUGACUGUACAGACUGUUCAGAAAACACCUUCUGGAGCAGUACAGAAAGCACCAGCUGCUCCCCAUGCCCGCAGCACCAGUGGGCCCCGGCCCGCAGCACACAGUGCCACGAGCGCACUGAGAGGUUCCUCUUCUGGGACGAGCCCGUGGCCGUGGCCUUGAUGACACUGAUGGCCCUGACGGCGGCCCUGAGCUGCUUGACAGCGCUGCUGUUCCUGAAGCACCUGCAGACCCCCCUGGUGCAGGUGGCAGGGGGUGGCAGGAACCUCUUUGCCCUGCUCUGGCUGCUGCUGCAGAGUCUCAGCUGCUGCCUGUACGUGGGCAGGCCCAGCGCUGGGCUGUGUGUGGUGCAGCAGCUCUCCUACGCCCUGUGCCUCAACGGCUGCUUCUCCACCUUCGUCCCCAAGGCCCUGGAGAUCAGCCUGCUGACGGAAUUCCCCCGCUGCGCUCCCAGGCUGCUGCGCUGGGUGACCCACGGCAGGGCCUGGCUGCUGGUGGCCGCGUCCCUCCUCACCCAGGCGCUGCUCUGCUUCUGCCACCUCCACUUAGGCCCCGAUUACUUGGUGGCCGACUACAAAUCCCUGCCCAGCGAGGUGGUGCUGGUGUGUGGCACCCAGUCCUGGGCUGCCUUUGCCCUCCUGCAUGGCUACAACAGCUGCCUGGCCUUCGUCUGCUUCCUGUGUACCUUCAUGGUGCAAACACCAGCCAAGAGGUACAACGUGGCCAGGGGCAUCACCUUUGCCACCCUCAUUUAUUUCAUCAUCUGGAUCUUCUUUGUGGUGGUUUUUGCCACGCUGAGGACAGUCCUCAGGGCUGUCACACAGAUUUGCACCAUCCAGGCCACCACCCUGGGGAUCUUGGCCAGCUACUUUGUGCCCAAAUGCUACAUCAUGGUGUUCAGGCCUGAUCUGAACACGGGGGAUUAUUGCCAGAACCCUGCUGAGGAGGAGCCAUAAGAAGACUCGGUGAACAGACAAUAAACCACACCCUCUGUCACCUGUCAUCAGCAGAAGCUGGAUUUUCAGGAGAAAAUCAUGUUUAUGAGCACUGUAUGGCCCCAGGCACAAUCACGUAUGAACUAGAGCUGUGAAAGCAUAGGGCUCAGCAGCUGAACUCCAGAGGAGCAGCCUCCAUCCUCUCUGGAAACACCUUUCAGCCCCAAAAAGGAGCUAAAAUUAGGUUCAAGUAAUGAAAUAACCUCCAGAAAUGGUAUUUUACAUCAGUCUCUCAAGUCUUGCAAUGUGAGCCUCACCAACACCACUUCCCUGUAAACACUUCUGGUAAUUUGCCUUUCUUAGUAAUUAACAGCUCCAGAGAUAUAUCCUGGAAUCCUUUCCCAAGACUUGUAAGAAUUUUCAAAUAUAUCCAAUAAAAGAGAAGUACAAAGAACAUUCUGACAGGUAACAGCAGUUGUGUAUGUGAUACAAAGGGGGCAUUACCCAUUCAAAUCCCAGCUCAUUCCAUUUGUGUUCCAUGGAAAACAGAGAAAGACACAUGGAAAUGAGCUCUGUGCAAAUCACUCUCCAAAGGCACAGCAGGAGGUUCCUCCAUCCCAAAAAAACAGGCAAAGAUCACCAAAAAACUUCACACUGUUUCCAGCAGUACCAAGUCAAUAUCCAGUCAUAUCACCAAGAUUUUUCUUUUCCCCACUCAUGUUGAUAAGUAACUAUUCUGCUCUUUUAUUCCUUGAAAGUUUUUCCAUUUCUGCUUCCAUUUGUUCCAUCUCUCCACUGUGUGUUACUGGAAUUUAAUCAGUCCAGCUCAAUUAAAGAAUUUGCAAAUUAAUCUAAACCAGUGAGUAUUUUCAUUCUUAAAAAAAAAAAAAUAAAGAAAAUAAAGAACUUCUUGAUGCACUGCAAAGUUUCUGGUCCCCAAUUUUUGUGAUCACCUCCAUCCAAAAUCAUUCCUCAGUGUGAUUAAAAAAAACCAAAACUCUGACCUGAAGCCCGGAGUUCUUGUUCCUGGAGCCUGCAGGAGUUCUUCACAACCACGCUUGGGAACCUGAAAUUUGGAGUAUUCCUUGCUCCAGGGCUGUGGUUCCAUAGCAGAGAAGCAUUCAAUAAAUUUUGAUCAUCAUUCCAGAAAUAGAGAAAGGAAAAAAAAUGUUAACUCCAUUAACUCCACCAGGCUCUGCAGGAAAAGGCUGUCCAAAAUUCUGAUCAUUUAAUAUUCACCUAAAUUCUGAUGAUUUAAUAUUCACUUAAAUUAUGACCAUUCAGUAUUUACCUAAAUUCUGACCAUUUAAUAUACACCAUUCUGGAAAAUGCUGGGAUUUAUGGUAUUUAAAUUAUGUUUCCCCUUUCCCCUUGCUGUGUGAUCUGUACCAGCUGGGAAGAAGGAAUCUGCCUCACCAAGCUGCUCUUGUUCUUUUUAUUUAGGCUGGAAAAUUAGAAUAAUUUAGGCUGGAAAAAGCCUUUCAAUUCUGAGUUCAGCUAAGCCCCUCAGACCCUUCAGGGUGUCCUGACAAACCCAAGGCUCACCAGAGUCACAGGGUGUCCCAGUGAUCCCUGUUGCUGCUGCAAAGUCCAAAAAUGAGGAAUAUUUAUGAAAUAAAUAAUAAAUAAAUACUGCAAAGAAAUGAACACAUACACUGUGCUUAUCACAUAAAAUUAAAAGCUUUUUAGUGUUUAAAAUAGCAUUUACACAUAAGCAGCUAUAUAUUAACUAUACAGACACUUGGGUUUUAAUACAAUAUCUACAAAAAAGAAUUCAAUUAUGCAAUAGACAUUUAACAGGAACAGUGCAGUCCAUGCUAAUAAAGAGGUCACUCUUUGAGUAGAACCAAUUCUAGGAUAGGUGAUAGUCUGGGUUUUCAUUAUUUAAAAUCAUGUAACUUUGUUCCUCUACUGUACAUAAAAUACUUUACAUGUAUUUCUAAUCACUGAUUAGAAUUAAUAAUUUUAAGUCAAUCUUAUUACAAUCCAGUUAAAUGCGAAACAAAAUAAAAAACCAAAACAAUUACAUCAACCCAUGAGCUGUCAAGUCUUAGGAGAGGAGAGAACAAAAAUUAUAGCAAAAGUCAACAUCUGUGCAUCAUUGCUUGCCAUCCAAUAAAACCUUUGGAUAAACUGUCCAGGGGACUGUUUCCUUGGAAAAGCAGAUUCAUUAACAGGAGGUAAAAGACACCAGCAUGCUUUUAAGACUAUUUGCCAAAGAAUAUACUCCUCAGAGUUUAAAUACUGGGUGAGACAUUCCCCCUGCAGAUCCUGCCUCUUGCAGGUGGGAGAUGUCAUCCCAAAGUGUUUCCUCACCCUCGUUCAGGAUCCUCCAGACAUCCCUGCUGCUGGAUCUGAGGCAGGGAUGUGUGAGCACUGAGCUCAGCUUCAGAAUAAAAAUGUCAAAUUACUUCAGGCUCCUGUUCUGAGGGCGUUCCCUGCACAGCAAACCUCUCCCUGGAGCCAGAGCACUCUGGGGCCAUUAAAUCAAAAUUAAAUGUCAGGCCCUGGUGGGAAAGAAAUGAUGGGUCUGCAGCACUCCAGCCUCCAAAUUUUCUUCCAUCUGGCACAAUUCCCACAGUGGGCAUCUCCACUGGCAUCGUUGGCACGUGUUCCUGCAGGGAAAGCCAGGCCCAACAGGAGAGAGCUGCACAGGGAGCUCCCAAGGUUGGAAAGACAUAAAGAAUGGAAGCCAAGGAUGGGAUUUGGGAAAUCUCCUGCCUUUGUUCCCUUGAGGAAAUGGAGAUCUGGCAACAAUUCAGGCCCGACCUUCCACUGGCUUAGCCCAGCAUGUGCACGGUGGGGAAAUGCAGGAUUUGUCUUACUGUUCAAUAUUGCACUGUCCAAGAGGGGCACUGCUCCCUCCUGCUCUCUCUGGAAACAGCAGGAUCCACCUCUGGAACAACACC